AAAAGGAAGAAUUAAUCUUAGUAAUCCCAUUGCAUUCUAGGUGCAGAGAAAGACAGACACGAUUCCUCCAAAUUAGCAAGCCCAAAUAGUUGACUUUAAUUGAAAGAGAAGAGCUUUACCCUUCCCAACAAUUCCCCUGGUCUUCCCCACCCAUUGCUAUUACUGCUGAGCAGCUUUUGUCCUCUUUGUGUUUAAGAUCCUGAAGUGAAUGCAUCAUUCACUGCCUGGGCAUCCUCACACACUGAAAAUUACUGACACCCACAGCUGUGCUCUACUUCUGCAGAUCUGCAUGCACACGCACAGGCAUCUCCCCAUGCACACAUACUGCUAUUGGCAGCACAUUGACAGCUGGAAGCAGAUUAAGAGGAAGCCCCACUGCAGACACAAAAUACUCCCACAGCAGCAAAUUUUAGACUGACUGUUGACCUCCCUUUUCCACAUUAGAAACUCUUCUUCCCAAGCCAAUCUGCUUCCAAAAAAGAACAGCUUAAAUCCUGGUGGUCUUUAAUAUUACUGUAAUGGGGAGUCUAUUGUUUCCUAUUAACACUACUCCAAUCCUCUUAAAAGGAGAAUCCUAUCUAGCUAUCAGCCUGGCUCAGGCACAUUUUUAGCUACAGGUCAUUUCUUUCCAGCUGACACAGAUAAGUGGUCGGUUUCAAAACACCUGGGAUGAUGAAGAUCAGGGCUGGAAGCCCCAGCAGGAACAGGGAACAGUGGUGGGAAGGGGGGCUUUUGGCAGCAUUUGGCUGUGACCAGCCCCAUACCAGGCUUCUACAGAGCAAGAGGAGGUCAGUAUUAUAGCUAGACAUGGCAAGCAGAAGUACUUCAACUGCAAAACGCACAGAAGAGGAAUAAAGAGGCCUCAGGUUUUAAAAAUACACAUUUCUAUAUAGAAAGGAAAUAAAAGACGAGUUGCUGUUCAUUGAAAACGUCCAUCAUGUAGAGCAAUAGGAACACUUGCCUUCACGUAUUCAAUUCUUUGGCACUUUGUGUAGAGUUCAGCUUGUAGUAGGCAUUCAAUUAAUUUUAUAUGUCAGUGGUCCCAUUAAUGUUAGCAGCUUCCCUCAUGUGAGUGGAGUUGUAUGUAUUUUAUCAGGCUUUGCUCUUAAUGUUUCUCAUUCACUUGCCUUAUUUCACUGAAAAGUUGGAGCACUCCCUGCAAACAGGUGGUACGUGCUUCCAUUAGAAAAAAAAACUAAUGAGGGAGCUUAUUAUCCUUCUUUUUAAUGAAAAGCAUAAUGAAGUGAACACAGCUUGUGGGCAAUGUGCAAAAGGAAGCUCAGUUCCCAAAUUCUUCAGCAUAAAGGUGUUGAUGUGCAGGAGGACCCCGAGCCUCUGCAGUCUGGUUCUAAAUAGGGCACAGCCCAGAACAUCUGAAGGUCUCUGUGGCUCAUGGGUGGGAAUCUCCUAAUGAUCUUAGUUAUUUUUAUACGUGUCUGCUGCCACAUGCUGCUCUGCCCCAGUGCAGAGAACAGCUCUGUGGGCACCCAGUGAGCGCACGGGGAGCUGGGCACAGCCUGGGGAAGGAGAAAUUAAAAGACAGCAGCAACACAAAGUCACGAUAUUCACAUCAAAUUGAGGCACGGAACAGCCAGGAAAAGAAAAAGCAACUGAAGGCGUUAUAAAGGAGCGUACAAGCAAAGGAAUUUGGAUUUUCUCUUCUCUUACGGAGCAAAAUGGGACAGCAGUUUACCAACGCUGAAGGGGAACAGACAGAGAUUGACGUUGCUGAACUGCAGGAAUGGUACAAGAAAUUUGUGGUUGAAUGUCCCAGCGGAACCCUCUUCAUGCAUGAAUUCAAGAGGUUCUUCGGCGUCCAGGAUAACCAGGAAGCAGCAGAGUACAUCGAAAACAUGUUCAGAGCUUUUGAUAAGAAUGGGGAUAACACCAUUGAUUUUCUGGAAUACGUGGCUGCCUUGAAUCUUGUUUUACGGGGAAAACUGGAGCACAAGCUGAGGUGGACGUUCAAAGUGUAUGACAAGGAUGGGAAUGGCUGCAUAGACAAACCUGAGCUGCUAGAAAUUGUUGAGUCCAUCUACAAGCUGAAGAAAGUGUGUCGGUCAGAGGUGGAGGAGAGGACCCCACUGCUCACACCAGAGGAGGUUGUGGACAGGAUAUUUCAGCUGGUGGAUGAGAAUGGUGAUGGGCAGCUGUCCCUGGAUGAGUUCAUCGAUGGGGCCAGGAAGGACAAGUGGGUGAUGAAGAUGUUGCAAAUGGAUGUAAACCCCGGGGGAUGGAUCUCAGAGCAGAGGCGGAAAAGUGCUUUGUUUUGAGGGAGCCCAGUUUUGAUAUGGCUGAAGAUGUGAUGCAGACUGUGGCUGUGGCUCUCUUACUCCAGGAUGUAGUGGCUUUCCUUGUCAAUACAAUCUCAGCAUCCAGAUGAAAACUGCAGUGGCUGAAGAAGCUGUAUCUCACUUAAAACCCAUGUGCUGCGAGGGCUCCUGGGACCCAGAGACUAUUUUUGGCCAGUGAAUAAGUCUCUGUGUGUACACAGUGCCACUCUGGGUUUUGGUUACACCCCGAGGAACAAACUUUCCAUGGUGAAGUGGAGCAGGAUCUGGGCAGCAUCUGGUCCAGGUAACAGAGCAGGGAAGUGAGAAGUCCUGGUGUGGUGGUGCCAUCUCUGUUUGCAUCAUUGAUGUCUGCAGAUAGCAGAUGCUAACCCAAAAGCAGUAGGGGUGCUCUGAUGACAGUCUGCACCAUCUGCAAUACUGUUAUGGUACAUAAAGUGUUUGCAUGUUUAGUGGAUUAUGCUACCAAUAAUGUAAAGUGAUUGAACACCACUGUAUUGUAGAUUAUAAGGUUUAUAUUCAGUGUAAGCCAAAGCUGCACACAGCCGAGGAAAAGGCAGGGGGAGCCGUCACUGCGAGUGCCUCCCUCUGCAGAGCACAUUCUGCUCUUUGCACAUGGGACAAGGGCUGCAGGAAGAGCAGAGUGAGCUCAGGGUGUCACUGCCAUGAGGAGGUGACACUGCUUGGCUGGCAGGGUUGGAGAACAGGAGGGGACAGACAAAUCCACUGUAUUACUGAAGGGGUACAGUGGUUUUACACUGGACUUUCAUUGAGCCACUCUGCAGAGAGAAAAUUGGCACAGCUUGGAGGUUGAGCUUUGCUUGUUCUUACAGCUGACCCGUAUACCUACAUACCUCUGUGAAAGAAUUUGAGUUGGCCUCAUUCAUUGAUUCACUUCCCUUGGAUUUAUUUUUCCAAGUAUUUUUUCCUUACAAGAAAAUAUUCACCUGCAAAAUAACCUGAACUUUCCUGUUUUACUUUUCCCAUGGGAUCACUGGGCCAAGCCCCAUCCACGAAGAUGCUGGCAUUCUCUCUUUUGUUUUUGUGGGUUUUUUUGUGGCCUUUAAUCAUGACAGUAGUACCUUUCACCAGGUGACCACUUUGCUGGUUUGCAGUUUAGUCCACUUAACCAAUGUUUAAGUCCAGGAAUAGGAGGAAGUGUUUAAGGUAGGGCACAGUCAGUGCUGGAGACCGAAUUUCCACUUUGAAGCAGCCUUUCUGAGAGCUCUCUGUAAAUAGGCUCUCACUCAUGGCAUUCCUGCUUAUCAGAGCAGAUUGGACUCCUCGCUUAUGCUGCUGUAAGGAAGGGUUCAAGGCUCAUUCAAGUCAACAGUUGAUCCACCUGAAAGAAACAUCUCCCUUCCAGUUGUGAUAUGGGGACCUGGGGGACAAGAUUCACUUUGCUGAUUUUCAGCCUCUCGGACAAACGUUCUCAUGGCAGAAUACAAAUCAAGCCCUCACAUUUCAGCAUCUCAGGCAAUGUGACACUUCAUUUCUGCUUCUCACAGUUCUUAACUCAAAUGGUUCUGCAGUUACUGUAGUUUCACAGCCGUGGUUUAACCAAAAUGCUGCGGGUUUUGGUGCCCUGCUCCCCAGUGGGGAGGCAGCUGUGCAUCUCUGUGCACGCACUCCUGCACUGGGGUGGUAGAGGGCAUCCUAACACCGAGCAGAUGGUGCCAGGAGUUUUGU